CCUUUCAUGUAUUAAAUAAUUAACUUCAAUCAACUUACAUUAGGUUUGUAUUUAUAAUAGAAGGCAAGUGCUAGGUUUUUCGUACUGAAAACCUCGGUUUUUCAUCUUUCAUUGUGGAUCGGAGGAAUUUAGACGAUUAACAAGUAUCUUAUCCUUAAGUGUAGAGGCACCAAGAUUGCACUUCUUUUACACAACACAACAGCUUCUGGUUGUUAAAUAACAAUAUUUAUUUUGUGACAUCCUGUUGUUAAACUUCACAAUCAUGUUGCAAGUAGUACAGGAAUGGACUUGGUAUAGUACAUGCUAAAAUAGUUGUUUGUUUUGAAUUACAGUAGCUGUUGAAUUUGAGGAAGCUAAUAAUAAAAUACUUCAUAUAACCUGUAUAUAUCUAUUUAUUAAAGUAAUGCGGCCUUGAACUCUUAAUAAUUGUUAUCGGAUGAAUAUUGAUUGAAACUGAUUAUCUUUUGUGAUCAUAGAAUAAUGAAGAAUUUUUUAAAUAUUUAAGUAGAUUACAGGUAAGCUGGAAAUCAUGAAGAAUCAGUUACCAAUAUGCUUUACAUGGUUUAUAUUUUCAUACAGUAAAAUAAUGAUCCUCUUAAAAUGAUGGAAAGGUAUUUUGAUUACUGUUAUUUUUUAGAGUGAUCGUUUGGAUGAACAGCGAUGCCCACUGUCCCAACCAAUGGCUCAGAGCAAUGUGGAUAGUGGUGAUUCUGUCAAGAAAUCACUAGAAAAUAAGGAGCCAAUUGAUGAGGUAUUGCUUGCUGGCAAGCCAUAUCCUCUGGUUGUGCUUCCUGUGACAGGGGAAUACUGGCAAGAGGGGACAAAUCAUAUGUGUGAUUUUGAUAAAAGAGGGAAACAUAUUAUCAAAAAAAUAGAUGAAGCAGAUCUGGUUAUUGAAGAUGACAUGGGUUACAGUGUUUAUAAAAAUUUCUUCAAGAAUAAGGAGCAUUUCAACUUUACAUCUGACAGUCCCCUUGGAUCACUUCUCCUUUCGUUGAAGUUUGAAGAAAAUUGUCCUGGAUGUGAUGAAAAAGAUGGUGAUAUUGUGAGAAUCAUUCUUAGAUCAGUAGAUAGAACAAUUCAAGGUGCAAUUACAACAAAGAAUCUCCCUUCAUGUCCUGGGCCGAGAGAUAUUUUAAAGGAAUUUGUUCCUGACCUUUUGGAAGACUUCACUGAACUUCAAUUUCAGCCUGUCAUAUAUCCAAAGGCAUCAUCUCAAAUAACUCGUUUCGAUGAGCACGGACAUGCAGAGAAAUUUAAAGUUGGAGUGAUCUAUCAGAGAGCACAACAGACAAGCGAAAGGCAGUUUUUCUGCAAUAAAUCCCACAGUAAGGCCAUGAAUGAUUUUUUGCAAAUCUUGGGAGAAGAGGUCGAGUUGUUUGGAUUCAAAGGGUACAGUGGAGGCUUAGAUACAAAGAACCACCAAACUGGCCGGAAAUCCGUUUACACCAAAUAUAAAGGAAGAGAGAUUAUGUUUCACGUGUCGACGUUACUGCCGUAUACAAGUGGUGAUGCACAACAGCUUCAAAGAAAACGACAUAUUGGGAACGAUAUUAUCGCAAUUAUUUUCCAAGAUGAAAAUACACCAUUUAGUCCGUGUUCCAUCCGUUCCAGUUUUCUUCAUAUUUUUAUUGUUGUUCAAGUCGAAGAAGCUUACUCGAAGAACACCAGAUAUAAGAUAACUGUCACCGCAAAAGAGGAUGUCCCAGAGUUCGGUCCCAGUCUACCCAAUCCUGCUGUCUUUUCUAAAAAUGACCCACAUUUACGGGAUUUCUUGUUGACGAAACUCUUAAAUGCUGAACUUGCUGCCUUCAAAGCUAAACAGUUUUCCACUUUAAUGGAGAGAACGAGAAAGUUGUUAUUUGAAGAUCUCGUUACAACUCUUGCAAAGAAAAGUCAAGAAAUACUGUCGCAGGGUGGUGAUGCUGCAAGUGGCAAUCAGUCAAAAGGAAAGAUUCUGCACUCGCUCCGAAAUGCUUUCAGAUCAGAAUCAUUACGAGGAGAACCAUCAAGUUUAGAUCGUGAAACAACACAAAGAUCAAAAUCACUGGAAAAUCUUGUCCAUGACGACGAACUUGAUAAAACGACGAAAAAGAAGAGGCCGACAAUUCAAAUGAAGAGGUAUUCUGUGAGCGGAGAUCGGACGCGGAGAGCCAUUCGUCCCAAGUCCAAGUCAAUGUUUCAUGCUCCACCGAUGAGCGCUGUUGACACAGCUGAGGCCCGGGAUAACAUGUUGCAACCUGAAGGCAAUGAUGGUGACGUCAGCCCAACAUUUGGUCGUCGUGAUGAAUCUCCAUCCGGGUCCUUUCAAAUCCUGGAUAUGGAUCCACCUAAGCUCACGUCAUCUGCAACGGAGCGGAGGCCUGAAUCUCCAGAGAUUAUAGAGCCCAGUACACCAGACAAGUCUGAAACGGAGGAAGCGACAUCACAUCAUAAGAAAUUAAAUGGGCUGAUUCCAUCGCCAAGAAACAGGAAGAAAAUGUUUAGUUCACUCGACAGAAAAUCCCCGGCUAGAGACAGAAAGGUUGGACGAAGCUCAACUGAACCUCGCGUGUCUUUAGAAAAUAAAGUUGGCAGAGUUGGUGACGAGAAUUUGAUAAUGCAAUUGAGAGGCGAUCUCUAUAAAUUGAGCAAUGAAAAAGCAAGGCUGAAGCGAGAAAACGAUGCCCUACGAGAAGAUAUGAAAAGCAUAAAAGAAGCAAUGCUUAAACAAGCGGAAGAUCUUUGUGAGUCGCAAUAUCAACUCAAUUUGCUCCUUGAAAACAGUAAACUUCCAGCAAGUGCUGUGUAACACAUUGAAAGACAUAAGUGGUCACGAUAUUCGGUGAACUUUGUGCAACAGAUAGCAGGUGAUAAACACUUGGUAAUCAUGUGAAAUCAAUAAUUAUGUCCGAUUAUAAACGUGGUGUUGUAUGUUAGUGCGGUAUACUGUACUAUGAAUUUGAUCCCGGCUUAACCUUGUAAUGUGAGUUAAAACCAUACAAUGAAGGAGCCUAUACAUACAUAUGUGCUCUAUCGUGAGACAAAUAUUAGUGUAAAAACGGUAAUGUAAAAGCAGAGUUUAUUUUUACAUCGUGUAUUAUAUGAUGAUGUGAAGCUUUGCUUUUGGAAAGAAGUAAUUGUAUAAUUUGAAGUAACAAGUCGACUUAUUAAUGCUAGCCUGCGAGCAGGCCUCAGUCGGCGCAGAGUGGUUUAAUAUAGUUUCUGCUAAUAUGUAACAUCUGUUUUCCAUACUGCAGCGACCUCAUGCAUGUCUGAAAUUUAUUAUUAGAAGUAAUUUGUCUAAAUACAAACAACUGAUUCAUAUGGACGUCAUAUGUGGGAAUCAUAAUAUAUUAUAACUUGUAAGAUUUUUAUAAUUCCGAAGUCUGUCUGUACAGACGAUUGCUAUGAAUUUGCACGAAAAUUGGUAUUUCAAUUCGUAGAUGGGUAACGAUCAGGCUAUGCUGUGAACUCUAUAAUCAGACUAAACCUUGGACUAAAUAAACCAUUGAACGUAAAAAUAAAGACUAUGUUAUCACGCAUGCGCUGCAAGUAUAAAUAUUAAAAUAAUAGAUGAAAAUGUAGGUGAAGAUAGAUGAUUUUACAAAUUUUCAAAUGCAAUGUA